AUGAAGAAAACACUUCUUCUGGUCUUUAUCCACGGCUUCAAGGGGGGUGACGACACCUUUGGUGACGAGGAUGGCUUCACAGAGCAGCUGCGCUCGCAGCUCGCGUCCGCGCUGCCCAAGAUCAACGUGAAGCAUCUCAUAUACCCGAAAUACGAGACCCGCGGAGACUUAGGAGACUGCGUCAGCCGUUUUCGCGACUGGCUCCUAGAAAAGGUCAUCGACCUCGAGGUCGCAAACGCGACGCCCUCGCCGACGGUCGACCCUUCCGUCCGGAUCGUGCUGAUCGGGCACUCCAUGGGCGGUAUCGUCGCCGCGGAGACGGCCAUCGGGCUGACCUCCGAGCACCCGAUCUACUCGGAAGACGGCGUCGAGAAGUCGGACAACCCGUCCACCUUCAACGGCCUGAUGUUCCCCUACAUCCAGGGCGUCCUCGCCUUCGACACCCCCUACCUCGGCAUCUCACCGGGCGUGGUCGCCCACGGCGCCGAGGGCCACUACCAGACCGCUUCCGCCGCCAUGACGCAGCUCAGCGGUCUCGGGACGGCCCUGUGGGGCGCGAAGCAGGCGGCCUCCCCUCCGCCGGGGAGCAGGGCGCCCGUCGCGGCGCUGCCUGCGCCCGCGGCGCCCGCGCAGCAGAAGAAGGAGCAGCAGCAGGGCGGCUGGGGAUGGGGCAAGAUCGCGAUGGCGGCCGGGAGCGCGGCGGUUGUUGCGGCGAGCGCGGGUGCGGCGUACUACAACCGCGAGCAGAUCACCCAGGGAUGGACGUGGGCGACGUCGCAUCUCGAGUUCGUGGGGUGUUUGGCCAAGGGGCAGGAGCUGCAGAAGAGGGUGCAGCACAUGGUCAAGCUGAACAAGGAGCUCGGGGUGGGGUUCGCCAACUUGUACACGCGGCUCGGAAAGGCGGCCGGGAACAAGGAGGUUAGUGUUGUCGGGACGGUGCUGGGGAGGGAUCGGACUUUUUGCAACCUGCCCAAGAAGGGCAAUGCUGGGGUCUGGCAAGAUGCCGUGAACGACAUGGCGACGGAUGAGACGCUGGCGCAUAUGAACAUGUUUGAUGCGAAGCAGAACCCGGGUUUCGAGAAGCUGAAGCAGGAUGCGACUACCUUGGUCGCGCAGUGGACGAAGAACGACUGGUACGAGGCUAGCACGGAGGACAAGCUCGCCAUCAAGGAGGCGGGCGAGAGCGCAACUGCCUGA